AUGGAGCCGCCUUGGGAAAUCGAGCUCGAGCUACGAAGGCAUAUCGAGAGCUGUGCCUGCACCUGCGACCACAUGGGCUAUGGAAACUACAUGGACUACCAGGUGGCGCCGGCUGCUCACCCCUGUAUAUGCCGCGCGAUAACCUCACCCCACGCCCACGUACGUCUCCCAUACUUGUGCCCGUGUUCGCACUCUGCAUGUAACGCCGCCACUUUGUUGUCCUCUUUACGCUGCUCUGUUUAG